CUGGCGAACAUGAUGAGGGUUUUGAUCGCAUUUUGCUGCGCCAUCGCUGCGGUUUCUGAUGGGGUCGUUGGUAAUCCUAUCGCGACGAAUGACGGAGGACUCACCGUCAGGAUCGUUCACACGAACGACAUGCACUCGAGGUUCGAACAGACAUCGAGAUUGUCGAGUGUCUGCUCGAAGAAGGACGCAGAGGCAGGCAAAUGUUACGGAGGAUUCGCGAGGAUAGCAACCCUUUUACGACAAGCGAGACGAUCCUCGGUUCCCUGUCUGUUUUUGAACGCUGGGGACACUUACCAAGGAUCCAUGUGGUACAACGUGUACAAAUGGGAGGUGGUUGCCAAAUUCCUGAAUCUGUUGGCUCCGAACGCUACCAGUCUGGGCAAUCACGAGUUCGACGACGGUGUGGACGGUCUUAUCCCGUUCAUUCAGAACGCCUCCUUCCCCAUAGUUACCGCGAACCUGGACCUUAGCAAGCAACCAAAUCUGGCGAAAACGAGACUCUUGAACAGCACGAUCCUGACGGUGAAACAGCUGAAGAGCCAAGGUGUAAACAUUCUGAUCGCUCUGGGACAUUCUGGUUUCGACGUCGACAAAAAGAUCGCUAGAGAAGUGGAGGAUAUCGAUCUUGUGAUCGGCGGUCACACCAACACCUUCCUCUAUAACGGGAAACAGCCGGAUCUCGAGGUACCGGAAGGCCUCUAUCCGACGGAAAUAAAGCAGAAAAACGGCCGAAAGGUGUACGUGGUGCAGGCGUACGCUUACACAAAGUAUUUGGGAAACUUCACGGUGAAGUUCGAUUCGAAGGGCGAAGUGACCGACAUCAGGGGCAAUCCUGUCUUGGUUGACAACAGUAUCGAACAGGCAAAGGACAUUUUGCAAGUAUUAGAUCAAAUGAGAGGAGCCAUUGACAAUGUAAGUCUCACAGUGGUUGGUAAGACUCGUGUUCUCCUGGAAGGGGACAGCAAAGUCUGCAGACGCAUGGAAUGCAAUCUUGGUAAUCUGGUCACCGAUGCCAUGAUCGACUAUAAUGUUGGACAGUAUGCAAGCAGGAAUGGAUGGACAGAUGCUGCCAUUGCUUUCCAUAACAGUGGAAGUAUUAGAACUUCCAUCACUAGAAGCAAUGAUGAUAAAGUUACCAUGGGAGAUAUUCUUAGCGUACUACCCUUCCACAAUGUCAUACUGAGAGCCCCGAUGACUGGGGAACUAAUUUUAUCUGUUCUGGAAUGGAGCGUUCAAAACUUAGAAAUAGGCACAACUGCAAAUUUAUAUGGUGCAUUCGUACAGUUCUCUGGUCUUCAGGUGGUUUAUGAUUUGACUCGACCGAAGAAUUCUAGGGUGGUAUCAGUGCAGGUGCAAUGUGCAUCUUGCAGCAUUCCAUCAUACAGUGAACUUAAAAAAAAUGAAACGUAUAAUGUACUCCUCAAUGAUUUUAUGCAGGCUGGUGGCGAUGGAUAUGUUAUGCUGAAGGAUCUCAAGACCCAGCCUUUAGGUGUGACUACAGCAGAUGCACUUGUUGAGUACUUUAAGAAACACAGUCCUGUGCAUCCAGCUGUUGAAUGGAGGAUUAAUUAUGUAAAAAAAAUUGAGAAUGAUCACCAGGGAAACAGUGGUUCUAGCAAAUUAUAUCAAUCUAUUAGAUUGACAAUUUUAUUACCAAUAAUCAGUUGGUUAUUCGUAAGAUAAACCAAUUUGUAAAGAUAUACAUUGAGUAAUCAGACGUCAGCAGUAUUUAAAACUUAAUAAUUUAUAGAAGAUUCUAAUGUGCAUCCUACUACUUCUCUACCUCAAGCUGCGUAAUUUAAAUAUAGGCUUUAGCACCUAUAGGAUGUUAGUUAACAAACUAAUGACAUAUAAUCGACGAAUAUAGUUCAGUUAGUACUCUAAUUGUGAAUAAUUAGAAUCAAGAGAGAA